AUGGUUGUACUCAAGCACUUGAGUAUAACUGCCUUGCUCUGGCUCGGCCUUGCUAGCCGUGGACUUGCUCAGGCUCUGGAUAAGCCUGACGACCUUGCUGUUCGCGGCGAGCACGUUGAAGAACUCACCGCUCGAGACAUCGAUCUUGGUAUCGAGGAGAGAGACGAGGAAGACGAGCUUGACACUCGCGACAUUGAGGACGAUCUCCUCGAUGUCCGUGACUUCGAGGAUUACCUCGAGGCCCGAGACAUUGAGGAUGAGCUCCUAGAGGCUCGCGAUCUUUACGUGCGCCAGCGCCAGCCUCGUCCUCGUCCUCCUCCUAUUAACCCUCGACCGGCCCCGCGUCCUGGCCCAGUCCCGCCCACUCCCCCCAACACCCCUACGCGUCGCCCCCGUGGUCUUAAAUAUCUUGACACUCGUGAUCUUUACGUGCGUCAGCGCCAGCCUCGUCCUCGUCCUCCUCCUAUCAACCCUCGACCGGCCCCGCGUCCUGGCCCAGUCCCGCCUACUCCUCCCAACACCCCUACGCGCCGCCCUCGCGAUGUUGACUAUCUCGAGGCUCGCGAUCUUUACGUGCGCCAGCGCCAGCCUCGUCCUCGCCCUCCUCCUAUUAACCCUCGACCGGCUCCCCGUCCUGGCCCAGUCCCACCUACGCCUCCUAACACCCCUACACGCCGCCCCCGUGAUGUUGGUGACUACCUCGAGGCUCGCGAUCUCUACGUUCGCCAGCGCCAGCCUCGUCCUCGUCCUCCUCCCAUCAACCCUCGGCCGGCUCCCCGCCCUGGACCAGUCCCACCUACGCCUCCUAACACCCCUACUCGCCGCCCCCGGUAA